UUCCGGCGGGUUAUUUAUUUCUUCCCGCUCGCCUAAGUUCCCAGCGGAGCGGGCUGGACGCCACCUGCGCCCCCCACCUGCCUUUCAGAGGGCGGAAGGUGCGCGGCAGCCAUGGAGAGCCCAGCCGAGAACCCCAGCAAGGCGGCCGAGUACCUCAAGGAGCUGAACAAGAUUAUCGAGACGCAGCAGGAGCUGCUGGAGAAGCAGAAGAGGAGGAUAGACGAGCUGGAGCAGCAAGUGGCCAAGUUGUACCACGAAAACGCCUGUCUGCAGGACGAGCAUCACCGGCACCUGGCCACAUGCAGGCUACAGCAGGGCGGCCCCGCCGCCUUCCCCGGGGCGGCCGCGGUACUGAGCGCCAUCCAGGAGAACACCAAACACGAGAAGUCUGAAGGUGAAAGUUCAAGAAGCCUCAGGUCUUUAAAUACUCUGCACCAGUUUUGCUGUCCAGCUCCAUUGUACCAUACCCAGCUAGCUGUCCCUGCCACACACUCAGAGUACAGGACCUCACUGGAAACAGGAAGCAGCGUCUCAACUGAUCAGCUCAGCGUUGAGGGCGAGGCUCCAAGUAGUGAAACUGGCACAUCUUUGGACAGUCCAUCCGCUUACCACCAAGGACCUAUAACGCACAGUUCAGCUCUCAGCCCAGACCAUUACGAUCACUCUGCCUACGGGCUGUAUUCCAUCUCCCCGGGGCAGCAAAGAUCUCGGAGGCCGAAGCUUCAGCAUUCAACAUCCAUACUGCGGAAGCAAGCAGAGGAGGAAGCUAUUAAAAGGUCAAGAUCACUUUCUGAGAGCUAUGAACUUUCUUCAGACCUACAGGAUAAGCAGGUGGAAAUGCUAGAACGGAAAUAUGGGGGCCGUCUCAUAACUAGACAUGCUGCUCGUACUAUACAGACAGCUUUUCGCCAGUAUCAGAUGAACAAAAAUUUUGAGCGUCUUAGAAGUUCUAUGUCUGAAAAUCGCAUGUCAAGACGCAUCGUACUGUCCAAUAUGAGAAUGCAGUUUUCUUUUGAAGGACCUGAGAAAGUCCACAGCUCCUACUUCGAAGGAAAGCAAGUUUCUGUUACAAAUGACGGGUCRAAACUGGGAUCCCUGGUACAAUCUGAAUGUGGUGACCUUGGAGAGUCAGCUACAAUGAAGUCUCCUGCAGCAUCUACUGAUUUUGCAGAUGCUAUAACAGAACUGGAGGAUGCUUUUUCCAGGCAAGUGAAAUCUCUUGCGGAGUCCAUUGAUGAUGCACUAAAUUGCCGUAGUCUUCAUUCUGAUGAAGUCCAGACUCCAGAUCAAGUCAGAAGUCGUGAAAUUGAAAGAGAUAGUUGUACUCAGAGUAAACCAGCAAUCCAUAAYGUGGAUCACAGGAAGCUUGAUGAGAUGACAGCAUCAUACAGUGAUGUUACAUUAUAUAUCGAUGAGGAAGAGUUAUCCCCACCCCUUCCUCUUUCCCAGUCAGUGGACAGACCAUCCAGCACUGAAUCUGAUUUGAGGCUCCGCUCAGUGAACUCUUCCCAGGAGUACUGGUCCAUGACCCACAAAGAUGAUAAAAUAGACACGGAUACGAGCUGCAGAAGCACCCCUUCACUGGAAUGUCAGGACCAGAGGAUGAGAAUGGACCAUCUGCCAUUGCUGACUAUAGAGCCGCCCAGUGACAGUUCGGUGGACUUGAGUGAUCGCUCAGAGAGAGGAUCAUUAAAGAGACAAAAUGCGUAUGAUCGAGGAAUCACUAGUCAACAAGGAAGCCCAAAACACAUCCCUCACAGUAUCCCUGCCAAGAUUAUAUCCCGAGAGGAACAGGAGACAAGACAUAGGCCUCGGCCUAUAGAUAGUCAUUUAGCUAUUAAUGGCACAGCAAACAGGCAAAGCAAAUCGGAAUCUGAUUAUUCAGAUGGAGACAAUGACAGCAUCAACAGCACUUCCAACUCUAAUGAUACAAUAAAUUGCAGCUCAGAAUCUUCUUCUAGAGACAGCCUAAGRGAACAAACCUUGAGCAAACAAACAUACCACAAAGAAACUCGAAACAGCUGGGAUUCCCCUGCCUUCAGUAACGAUGUUAUCAGGAAACGCCAUUAUAGAAUUGGACUGAACCUUUUUAACAAAAAACCUGAAAAAGGAGUCCAGUACCUAAUUGAGCGAGGUUUUGUGCCAGACACUCCAGUUGGCGUUGCCCACUUUCUCCUGCAGAGGAAAGGUCUCAGCAGACAGAUGAUUGGAGAGUUUUUGGGGAAUCGGCAGAAGCAGUUCAACCGGGAUGUCCUAGACUGCGUUGUGGAUGAGAUGGAUUUCUCAACAAUGGAACUGGAUGAAGCACUCAGGAAAUUUCAGGCUCAUAUUCGUGUUCAAGGAGAAGCCCAGAAAGUUGAGCGGCUCAUUGAAGCUUUUAGCCAACGAUACUGCAUCUGCAAUCCAGGUGUUGUGAGGCAAUUUAGAAAUCCUGAUACCAUCUUCAUUCUAGCCUUUGCUAUCAUACUGUUAAACACAGAUAUGUAUAGCCCAAAUGUGAAACCAGAACGCAAAAUGAAGCUAGAAGAUUUUGUCAAGAAUCUAAGGGGCGUGGAUGAUGGAGAAGAUAUCCCACGGGAAAUGCUCAUUGGGAUUUACGAGCGAAUCCGCAAACGGGAACUGAAGACAAAUGAGGAUCAUGUAUCCCAAGUCCAGAAGGUUGAAAAACUCAUAGUAGGAAAGAAACCAAUUGGAUCUCUGCAUCAUGGACUUGGUUGUGUCCUCUCUUUGCCCCACCGGAGGCUCGUUUGCUACUGCAGACUCUUUGAAGUUCCAGAUCCAAAUAAACCUCAGAAGCUUGGAUUGCACCAGAGAGAAAUAUUUUUAUUUAAUGAUCUUCUUGUGGUGACCAAGAUCUUUCAAAAGAAGAAGAACUCGGUUACAUACAGUUUUCGACAGUCCUUUUCCCUCUAUGGAAUGCAGGUUCUUCUUUUUGAAAACCAGUAUUAUCCCAAUGGUAUCCGGCUCACRUCAGCUGUUCCAGGAGCAGAUAUCAAAGUACUGAUAAAUUUCAAUGCGCCAAAUCCUCAGGACAGGAAGAAGUUUACAGAUGAUUUGAGGGAGUCAAUAGCAGAGGUCCAAGAAAUGGAAAAGCACAGAAUAGAGUCUGAGCUAGAGAAGCAGAAGGGAGUAGUGCGCCCAAGCAUGUCUCAGUGCUCAAGCCUCAAAAAAGAGUCUGGCAACGGGACCCUGAACAGGGCCUGCCUGGACGACAGCUACGCUACCGGGGAGGGGCUGAAAAGAAGUGCCCUGAGCAGCUCCCUCAGGGACCUCUCAGAAGCAGAACCCCUCCAUGUGUUGAAUCAGUCUGUGAUGGGCUGGUGCAGUCCCUUGGCUCCUCCCUCAUCUGAUGCAGGCAAGCGUGGGCGACGCAGCAGUGCAGGAUCGCUAGACAGCAAUAUGGAAGGGUCCAUCAUUAGCAGUCCUCACAUGCGCCGAAGAGCUACAUCAACCCGAGAGUGUCCAUCUCGCCCUCACCAGACUAUGCCUAACUCUUCCUCACUCCUAGGGUCCUUAUUUGGUAGUAAAAGGGGAAAGCCACCUUCCCAAGGCCAUCCACCUUCCCAAGGCCAUCCGCCCUCUGGCUCAUCACAGCAGCCUCCGCACCCUGCCGUGCUCCCACAUCAGCAGCACUCUCAGCACCCGUCAGCCCUGCACCACGCAGGGCCAGCCGAGGGGCAGGCGCAGGCUCCCGUGCACUCGCAUCACUCGCAGUACUGCCACAUGCAGCAGAACCCGCCGCCCUACCACCACCACCACCACUACCACCCUCCCCAGCACAUCCAGCACCCACACCAGUAUCACCAACACGUGCCACAUGUCCAGCAUGCGGCACACUCCCCACAUACCCCAUACAUGCAGCACCCCCAUGGGCAACAUUCCCACUCUGCACACCCUCCACUGCCGCCUCCACACUCAUCUCAUCCCCAGCACAGCCAGCAUCACCAUGGACCUCCAGCACCUCCCUCUACCACAGCCAGCACCAAGCCCAAGCACAGUGGCAUCAGCACAAUAGUCUAGAACAUAAUGACCCUCCCAAUAACUAUAGUUUUUACAUACAGUUACAAAGGCACUUACAGGAGGCAACAAAUAAUGCUGUUGGUUUUUACACAGUUUAACUGAGUUGUGUGAGCUUAAAGGCUUGCUGAUACUAAGUAAAAUAAUUCAAGUUAGGGCAGUCAAUACCAGUUUUACUUAACCUACUUGUUAGAUGCUUGCCACCUGAUUAGUUAUUCUUUCCACACUGCCUUGAAAACAUGCUGCUUACUGAAUAUGAGUAAAGUUACCUUUUACACCAAAUCCCAUGACAAUUUUACCUGCAUAAUAAAAAUUUAGUCUAUGAAAAAGGAAAAAAGUGAUACAGAACAAGUGUUGCAUUCUUGCUCUUUUAUUGUCAAUGGGCAAAAAAAUAAGUAGACCUGAUAUGGUUGAUGAAAGUACGUAAGUAAACUUUAUAUAAUAUAAAUAUAUACAUAUAAAUAUAUAUAUACUGUAUAGUUAACAUUUGUGCUUGGAAAGAAAUUUUUCAGUCCACAAAACUAGCAAUAUAGACCUUACAAGGAAUUCCACUUACUUGAUAGGACAGUAUAAUAGAUGAAUAGCGUAUGAAAGAGUAGACCAAAAAUACUAUAUGUUAAAAACAAAUUUCAGACAUUUCAGUAUUUUCAUUAAAGGUCCUCUGGACUCACUGAGAUUUCUAAUCGUUACUAAAUGUGCCAAGUAACAUAGCAUUUAAAUGUUGUAGUCAAAUACUGCUUUGUAUAAAUUCUUAUUUUAUUAACAUGAUAAUAUCAUACGUAAUCAGUAUUAUAACUGCUCUGCUAUUUCAGGUAAGCAAACUUGUUAAGAUGCAGUAGUUAUACUGUAGCAAUGUAGAAUGACCAUCUACCUGGGGUCAUCUUUAAGCAUUGGUCACACCAAUUCUUGGACACUUUAAAGGCUGUAAUAACUGUGAAUUUACAUGAUCCACAUUUCUUUUGUAUGGAUAUGAUUUAAUGAACACACAUGAAGAGUUGCAACAAGUGCAUGUAUACACUGCAAAAACAUUCAUCUCAAACAUGAAAUUGCAAAUUUCCAUCCUUCUCAGCUACUUUGUUUCCUGUUUGCCAUAAUUUCAUAUUUUUACCCCUAAUUAAGCUGAAUUCUAGUCUGAGAGUGUUUCCAGAUGGAAGUGCUCUAAAACUUUAAGGUUUGUUUUAGAUUUAGUAUAGGGUUUUUAUAUAUAAAUAUAUAAAUAUAUUUAAAAAAUCUGUAAUUCCAUGUAGCCAUGCUCUAGCAAUGAAGUGGCUUCACCAUUUUGACUCAUCACAUUUGUUAGUUUACAAGUACCCAGCACUCAGCAGGCUGAGUUUAAGCUCAAAACCUCACUUUCAUAGCCCAGAUACUUGUGAGACAUCAUAUAAAAACAGGCUGUGCUGUUGUUGCUUUUGUGUUAUAAUGAAACCAUUUGCAAAUUUAUAUAAAAUUUUUAUCCCUAAAUCCUGUACAAAGUUAUACAUGGCACCUACUUUGUA